ACCUUUUUAUUUGCCUCUUCCUAAUUCUCUCUCUAUCUCUCUCUCUCUCCCUCUGGUUUUUCCUUGGUUGUUGGAGGAGGCAUAUUCUCAUGUGGUUUGUCAACUUUAGUUUGUGUGUGUGAUUCAUGAAAUCUUUCUGCUUUGAAGGUCUUUGUGUUGGUUUGUGGGAAUUGAGAAAUUUGGAAGAGAAAUGGAUGAUGAAUAUGCUAAGCUUUUCAGGAGGAUGAACCCUCCCAGAGUUGUGAUCGAUAACAAUGCUUGUGAGGAUGCCACUGUUAUCCAGGUUGACAGUGUAAACAGACAUGGGAUUCUCCUAGAAGUUGUCCAAGUUCUUACGGAUGUGAACCUUGUAAUAACAAAAGCAUACAUCUCAUCUGAUGCUGGAUGGUUCAUGGAUGUGUUUAACGUGAUCGACCACGAUGGGAACAAAAUCAGAGAUAAGGAAGUCAUUGAUUAUAUUCAAAGGAGAAUUGAAAGUAAUGCCAGUUUCGCUCCAUCAUUGAGAGGGUCUGUCGGGGUAAUGCCCUCUGAAGAGCAUACUUCAAUAGAACUCAGUGGUACUGACCGGCCUGGCUUAUUGUCUGAAGUUUGUGCGGUUCUCGCAGACCUUCACUGUACUGUGGUGAAUGCUGAGAUAUGGACACACAAUGCAAGGGCUGCAGCUGUAGUUCAUGUUCAAGAUGAUUCCACUGGGUGUGCAAUCAAAGAUCCAAAACGUCUCUUAACAAUUAAGGAAUUGCUUUGCAAUGUCCUUAAAGGAAGCGAUGACUUGAAAACAGCAAAUAUGACACUUUCACCCCCUGGAGUUACUAAUAGGGGGAGAAGAUUACAUCAGAUUAUGUUUGCCGACAGGGACUAUGAAAGAGUUGGAGGAGCUGGACUACGGGGAGUAGGAGACAAGAGCUCAAGACCUCAUGUAACAGUGGUCGAUUGCAUCCAGAAAGAUUACACUGUAAUUACUAUGAGGUCAAAAGAUCGGCCAAACCUGUUAUUUGACAUCAUUUGCACUUUAACUGACAUGCAGUAUGUAGUCUUUCAUGGAGUGGUCCACACGGGGAAGAUGGAAGCUUAUCAGGAGUUUUAUAUUCGACAUGUUGAUGGGCUCCCUAUAAGUUCGGAAGCAGAGCGAGAACGCGUUAUACAGUGUCUUGAAGCAGCCAUCGAAAGGCGGGCAUCGGAGGGAUUGGAGCUUGAAUUGUGCACAGAAGACCGGGUUGGACUCCUCUCAGAUAUCACCAGGAUAUUCCGGGAGAACAGUUUGUGCAUUAAAAGAGCAGAAAUUUCGACCAAAGGUGGAAAGGCCAAAGACAAUUUCUAUGUCACAGAUGUCACAGGUAACCCUGUUGAUCCCAAGAUUAUCGAUUCAAUUCGGGGGCAGAUAGGCCACACAAUACUGAAGGUGAAACAUAAUUCAAGUACUUCACCCACGGCUCCUCAAGAAUCCACAAUGGGAUUCCUCUUUGGGAAUUUGUUUAAAGCUCGAACUUUCCAAAAUUUCAAAUUGGUCAGAUCCUGCUCUUAGUAUCUUCCUGUAUAUUCUCAGAGGUAGAAACUGUACAGACAUCAGAAUGUUGCAACUCCCAUGAAAUGUAUAGGGGAUAUACAACAAUGUAUGUAGGAACCCUCCCCUCUUGGAGGGCUGUGAUAUAUGCUGAUACCCUACAAAAGAAACCCCUAAACCGCAUUAUACUGUCAAUAGUAUUGUUGGGGUUUGUAUGAUCGUAUGUCCAGUAGGUCUUGUACAGUUGAUAUUACAUGGGUUGUACAAAGUGCUAUAUAGAUCACUGAGCUCAAUGGAAAAGUUGUGUAAAUAUUUGUAUAUA